GCGCGCUCCUGUUGGCGUUGGGCGGCUGCGUUGGAGCGACUCCGCGAAACCCCCGGUAGUGUUAUUUAAAAGAGGGGAUGUGCUAUCCAGGAAUUCCUGCAGAUGUUAAUGCUUUUAAACAAAUUGAAGAGACUUACAUGCCGCAUGCCUGCUUAUUCACCCUAAAAGACGCGUGGCGGUGAAAGGAUGUGUUUCCUUAAUGAUACGGUGUGCUUUUGUUUCUCUCACAGUUGUGCAAAGCCAGAACAAACUAUGGCAAACUACAAGGCAAAGGAAGAAAAGGAUGUGGUCAAACACUUUAAUGACGUUAACUUCCCUCUUUGAGGAGAAGGGGAAGCCACUCUGUACCUUCUCUCCAGCUACCCCAGCAGCAUAAUGGAGUAUCUUCGAUCACUCUUUGGGAGCCUGCAACAGGCUUUGGAUUUUGUUUCCUCGUUCACUACUUAUCUUUUUGGAAAUGAACCUCAUCCAGGAGCAGAAGAGGUAGGAAGUGGAAGAGAGAUGAAGAACUGCAGAAGCCACCAUGAUUCGGAAGUGGAGACAACAUAUUCUGGGGAUGUUUCUCCAAGGGAGCAAUUGAAGGUCACUGAAGGUCCUUUCACAGCGGAGAUAACCCCACUCUGUCAGGAGAUCCAAGGAACAUCAGAAAUUGCUGUUAUUGGUGAUCAGGCAAUGGGGUCCUUUAUCAGACCUUCCAAAUUUCCCAAAAGAUGUGAGGGACAGGAGGAAUCUGAACAAAAGUUCUCAGCAUCUUCUAUAUGCCUCAGUGACACUGCUGAACUAGGAUCAACAACACCUAUGACUGACAGCAUCCAACAGACACCCUUGAAGGCACCAACUAUGACUGGCGGACUCUAUCAAAGAAAAUAUGAAGAAUCUGCUUUAAUGGAAGUUGCACAGGAAGACAUAAUAGAAGAGUUGACAGAUGCAGUUUGUAGUCAGUAUUGUAGUCAGUUGAAGCCAGAUGAACAUUUGGCAGAAAGACGAGAACUUGAGCAAAUGGAAAAGGCAGGAAAAACAGGGAUGAGUCAGGAAGCAGAACAAGACAGAAAUAUAUUAGCUGAGGGGAUUGAGCAAGGAGCACCAAAUUGGGCAGCAUCUGUAGAACAGAAAAGAGGACCUGAAGGGGCAGAGUGGACUGGGGAAAUUGUUCAUGAUAGUUUGGAAGAGAGAGCUGAGAUUAUGAAUAAUCAACAAUUAGAGUUUGAGAAAGAACAGGAAGAAGGAAAGGUGGGUGAGAAAGAAUGGAGAGAGAUUAAUAUAGCAGCACUAAACCAGGCAGAGGAUAAGAUGCUUGAAGAGGAAAGAACAGUUGGAAAAAGUCAGCUGUGGGAUGAAGAAGAAGAAGAAAUCACAGAAGUUCAGGAAAAAGAGUUGGAAAAUAUGUUGUGGAAUGAGGGAAUUCAACAAAAGCUCCAAGACUUGACACAGAAUAGAGAGGAAAAUCAGAGAGGACAAGAAGAGGCAACAUUGACUAGGGGAACUCGGCAAGAUAGAUUGGAGGACAUGGCCAAGAUGGCAAGAGACCAGCAGUUAAAUGUUGAGAAGCAACAAGAAGAUACAAAAGUGGAUGGGAACGAACAGGUAAAAACAAGUAUGACAGCAGAAAUUGAAAGAGACCAGGUGACGAUGCCAGAAGAGAAAGGAAAAGAUGAAAGAAGCUGGAAUUUGGAAGAAUGGCUGGGAGGAAUUGAAGAGGGGAAGGAAAAAAAGCUGGAUGAAAAGGAAAGAGGACUAGAGGGAGUUACUUGGACAGAUAAACUUCAGUAUGAUGCACUAAAUGUUACAAUAAUGAAGAGCCAGUGUUUAGAAUCUGGGGAGGAACAGGGAAAAGCCACAGAGCUGGACACAGACCACCUGAUAAUGAAGGAGAUAGCAGCAAAGAAGGAAGAAGUUCAGCAACCACCCCUGGACAAAGAGAUGGAAACAAGCCAAAAGAAGGCAUUAGAACAGGAAGAAAAGGAGAUAUAUCUGCACUGGGAGCCCAAAGAAACUGAGAUUAUGAUAGAACAUAAAAGGGAGACACCAGAAUUGGAAAAGGGGGGAAACUGUAAGCAGGGAGAUUUACCUGAGAAAGGAAAGACAGAAGAAAAUCUGAAGCAGGAAGUAGAGGAAUCUGUGAAAAAUGAGAUACAUUUUAUAGGGGAAAAACAGGAACAGCAAACAAGAGAAGAAUGUCGGGAAAGUAACCAGGAAGAACAGCCUGAGAUAUUGGUAGAUACUUGUGGUCUUAGUGUAGAAAUGCUGGAAGUGCCUGAGACUACAUCAGGUCAGUCAACUCAACUGGAAGAGACCACAAAGAGCCUGGUCUAUCCAACCUCCCUUGAUACAGACCUCCUGGCUAAACCCAGAGCUUUCCCACAUGAUGUCACAACACUGGAUAACAGUGCCCAGAAGGAACGGGUGUUGCUACAUCGUAAGAGCUCCAUUCGACGAGCACCCAGCUUGAAGAAACCAAAGCCAUCAGCAGAGGCUCCAACACAAGAGACAAAUAUGGCUGAAGAUGCUCCAUCUUUAUUGGAAGUAUCAAAGAGACAAAACCCAAGAUUGUCUGGGUUUGGGUCUAUGCACCCCAAUAUGAUGGCUGAACUUCAGAUGCGCCUGCAAAAGCCAAAGUGACUUGCGGUUCUGAGAGCUUUAUCAAGUAAUGAGCUUGCAUGUUUUUGGCUCUAUCCUGGAUCAAGGCACCCUAAACCAAUAAUUUUGAAAGCAAUGGAAGCACCAUCUCUGCUGUCUAAAAACUGAGUAAAUUAGAUGUCCAUUCUAAAUUAAAUGGUUAGUGAGGAAACAUUGUGUACCAUAUGAAUAGAAAAUCUGAGAAGUGUUGCUAGACUAUCUUGGCAGAUCUGAUAUUUUUAACUCUUCACCUGAAAUGGGGAACUCCAGCAUAGCCUUCAUUCUAUUCAUAUCAUACUUUGGAAAAACAAAGUAAUUAGGUGGAAACUACCUAACAAUUUUGAGAGGUUAUCUUUAGAUUCCAUUAUAUGGUAUGGAGUCUAUCCUCACCAUGCCAUCAAUUUAAACUCAUCCUUUAUUUUACAAGAAUUCAGUGAAACUGAAACAUGUCCGAAGAAAUUACUCUAUACAUUGAAUCCAAGAAGUGUGUGCUGAUUAAUGAUAAGGACUGGGAAAGAGCUUGGAAGACUAGACCAAGAGAUGCUGCCAAGGGAACAGUCAGAUAAAAGUUAGCAGAGCCCUCAUCUGGAUAGUGGGCAGAGCAAGAGGCUCCCUAGUUUCUUGGGCUGUAAAGGAGAGGUGUAUUUUCAAACACACAAGAGUCUGCCAAUGUAGCUUUACAAUGAAGUACAAUUAGCUCACCUGGUUGUGAUUCCUAUCUGGUUUACCCUGCAAGGCUACAGUUACAGAGGAGAAUUGGCAGCCGAUGGCCUGUACUGUAUUUAAUCUUUAUCCCAUUUGUCAGAGUUUUCCCAAAUUGUCCUCCCACCGCAGUCUUUCUCCCUACCUAGUUUAGGAUUUAGACAGAAGAUUGAAAAGAUAACAAAUAUUUGAUUGAUCUAUUUUUACUUCCAGGAGAAGAUAGAGAUGCUUGUAGGAUUUUCUCCCUGCAAGUUUUAACCGAAAUAACUUGACCUAAGCUUGAAUGUAAUGCACUUUUGUGAAAAAGGCUUCAGUUGAUAUAAAUACUGUAUUUUUUGCUCCAUAGGACACCCACAAGUGGGUGGAAAUGUCUGUGUGUCUUAUGGAAAGAUAGAUAUGUGCCGCGGCAGUGGGGUCCUUUAAAGUGCUGAACCCUGCCUCUUCUGUCUUUGUC